UCAUCAUCAACACACUGUAUGGAAAGACACAGGCAGGGAAGGACGCGUUCUGUUCCGCCACAGAGAGCUGACAGCCGGGGCAGACGUAUAAACUUUUGCGGGACGAUUACGUGUCGGCGCGGUUUUCUCUUUCACUGAACGUCAUCCUGGUCCACGGGGUUCAAGUUGCACAUAGGAGUAGGCUACAAGUUUCAAAUGCUCACAUACGGGGAGACGGCUGGCGCAACAAGCAUGGGAUUAUUUUUGUAAUGUGGAUUGCUACUCCCUUGCAAGAAAUCAAAGGUCUGCUGCGGAACAAUGUGAGACGUUGUGCAUCUUGGAUUCUCGUGUUUCUGGAUAUCUUGAAAAUUAUUGGCAACAGUUGAGAAGACAGAAGUGAACCCGCAAAGGAUUGUACGCUCCAACCUUGGGACCAGCAUGGAUUUGCUAUUACAACCCCCGGCCCCUUAUUUAGAGAAGUUUUAGCCGGUCCACUUGUGUUGUUGUUGUUGUGCGUGUUGUAAACUUCAUGUUUGAGGACAAAUCGCCGCAUUGGCCUGUUGAAUUUUAAAACGUCGCCUGUCUUGGAUUGGAUUCUCUACACAAUGUACUUUAUUGACAGUUUGACACUAUUAUUUUUGACGCUGUCAGCUGUCAAGAGUGCCCACAUACCGAAGGAAACAGAAAGAGGUCCACAUAACGUGAUACCUUUAAUGGAGGUGUACAACAAGAGCUUGUGUCAGCCUCGGGAGCUGCUGGUGGAAAUUAUGCAGGAGUAUCCGGAGGAGGUGGAGCACAUCUUCAUCCCGUCCUGCGUGGUCUUGACACGCUGUGCCGGCUGCUGCAAUGACGAGAUGCUGCAGUGCACGCCAACGUCCACCUAUAACAUUACAAUGGAGAUUAAAAGAAUAAGCCCUCUAAAGCAACAAAAUGAUGUUUUCUUGAGUUUUACAGAACACAGCGCAUGUGAGUGUAGGUUAAAGAAAGAAGCGAAAGUACAGAAAGAAAAAAAAUCCCGGACAGGCAAGGGUAAAGGCCUAAAGAGAAAACGAAAGAAAAACCGCGACAAAACUAUUCACGAUGCUGUUUGUGAGCCAUGUUGUGAUCACUGCUCAGAGAGGAGAAAGCGUUUGUUUGUACAGGAUCCUGCCACCUGCCGGUGCUCCUGCAAACACACAGAUGAAUACUGUAAAGAGCGCCAGCUAGAGCUCAAUGAGAGGACCUGCAAAUGUGACAAGCCAAGAAGAUGAGAGAAGUGGGCGCACCAGAUGUACAAGAUGAAGGAAUAUAGAGAUAUUUCACAGCACAGCACUUUGACCUUUGAACCGUAAGCUCUUCUUCUCUGUGGAAAGCAUUCCCCUUGGACUGACUGAGAGAGAACAAAAAGAAAGACUGAAGUUUCCUCCCACUGUAUAUCUGUGUGUAUAUAGACCAUGAUAAAAGAAAAAAAAGAGUACAGAGUUGUUAUGCUGCUACAGAACAUAACUAAACAUCAUACGACUAAAAGCAAAAUAGCUGCCAUGUGGUUUUGCAUUUCUAACAGGCUUGCAGUGCAGGUGUAGUCUUAUUGUCAAUUCAUUGUAUGCAAUUACUUCACUGGAUAUGAGUCUACUGUGGUUGUGUGUCAAUCAUAACUUUGCAAAACCUCUAGAUAUAUUUAACUGCUAAAACAGUGGGUGAGACUGAAGAGGACAUGGGCGUGCUCUCCUCUCAAAAAUGAUGGAUGGACUUUUGUCGGCCGAUGCCUGCUUUUUGCUUUUGGACUAAAAAAGCUGAACGACGGGGACAGCUGACGCAAAAGCUUGAAUCGGUCUCUUCAAGAUAUCGCUUCCUUUGCCUCUGAGGACAGUGAGGCGGGACUGACGUGGACUUAAAACAGUGCCGCUGUUGGGAUCAGAGGGGACUCCAGAGUGCCAUAUACUUUUAAAGGGAUACUGGUCAUCAAUAUAGCAUUUAUUGUUUUGCUAUGUCCUUCAAGAAAACCACUGAAAAUAUCCUAUACUGUAGCUUGAUUCCAUUUGAAAACUGUGCCUCACAAAAUGUACUGAGAAAUCUUUCGAGUGCUUUUUAAAUUAUUUUUGUUUUCUUUUUCAGGAGAGGGGGUUGUCAAAGUAGUUUUGCUAGCUGUUGAACUCAACAGAGAAUUGAUAAUACAUCAUCUUCUCUGAACUUGUACAUACUUAAUAUCCCUUUAUGCAAUAGUCCAUUCUAGAUAAUUUAUAAUGUUAUAGAGUAUUUUCAGUAUUCUUCUUCUAUCCAUAUUUAAUUUGGUCUAUUUAUGUAUGCAGUGUUAUUUACCUGUGGCUGUCCUAUCUCCCCCAUGUGUAAGGUCACUGAUGGCUUCUAUCAGCACGGAGACUGUCCGUGCUUUUCUAUGAAACAAAAAAGGAAAAAAAACUACAAAAAAAAAAACAAACAAAAAAUGAUUUGUUAACAUUCCCUACGUGGAUCAUCUGUACUGACGUGCGGAUGACAUCUCCUCCUUUUCAACCCCUCUCAUCUAAGGGUGUGGGUGUUGUUGUUGUGUAGAAUUUUAACUUGUGUCGCGUCUGCGUGUUUGUGUCCAUGUGUGAGUAUGAAUGUGUGUUCACCUGCCUCUGCUGCAUUUUGAUGUGCACAUCUGUGUGUAGGUAUUAGUAAGUUGUAUUUAAGUAUUUAAGUAAGUAGCGGACCUGUGUUUUGUCCGUCGUGCAAAAUGCAAAUACGAAUAAACUACUGCUAGCAGCUCAGCAUACACUACCACGACACCACCACUGUUUUAAAUUUGGAUAACGAUCUGCAUCCUUUCUCCCAUCAGUCUUAGAGCCCUUAUUUUUAGAUCUCUUUGUCUCUUCUUCACUAUUAACAUGUUUUCUGUGUCUAUGUAAAACAGUAAAGCAUAUUUAUUUUCAAAUCAUAUUGUUUUUAUAUAAAAUAAGGAAAAGGUUGCUGUGUUGUGAAUGCUGUGUUUCCAAGAGAUUUAAUUAGGCAACAGUUUUCCGUGAUUUUAUUUUUUUGUGCAGCGAGCUGAUACUCACACCUCUAAUAAGAACCUCUGCAGAAUGUAAUCUGAAAGAAAACAGAACAGAGAAAUAAGAAAUUCCUGCACGCUUUUCAUGACAGACAGACAGAUACUAAGCCUAAUGAAUAAAAUGGCACUUUGAA